UGAAGGAAAAUUCAGUUGGAACAGUUUCAGAAUGACAGAAAUUAUUUGCAUCAAAGUGCUCUCACACAAACAUGAGCUCAUGAUGUGUUUGCGUGAGUGAGUGUGUGCGUGCGUGCAUGUGUGUGUGCGUGCAUGAGUGCGUGCGUGUGUGUGUGUGUGUGUGUGUGUGUGUGUGUGUGUGUGAGAGAGAGUGUGUGUGUGAGAGAGAGAGAGAGAGGGCAGAGCCUAUUCAUGCAAAGUCAAACAGGAAAGAGGGGAACAGAUGACGCAGGUUUCGGGGGUUCUGAAACUGAAAUCCCUGAAGAGAUAAAAAAAAGACAAGAAAACAGACAAAUGUAUGUGUAUGUGUGUGUGUGUAAGUGAGAGAGAGAGAGAGAGAGAGUGAGAGAGAGGGAGACAGAGAGAGAGAGAGAGAAAGAGAGAGAGAGAGAGAGAGAAUGAGGUUGUUAAAUGCUGGUGUCAGUGAAGUCAUUGUUUUAACCCGAGGAGAGCUUCAGGCGACAUGUCUCCAUGGGGACACACCUGUUGUCACGUGUCUUUGUGUUUACAUAAGGUAACUGGACCGUUGGAACUCACGUGUCGUACCCUCCCUCCCUCACUAUCACACACACACACACACACACACACACACACACACACACACACACACACACACACACACACACUGCACUGUCCGUAUGGUGAUAAAGAUCUCAACAACCCACACACCCCACAACAGACUUUCAUCCAUAUCCACACAAACACAGGGCACUGGUGUUUCUAACCAUGUAUGUGCCAUUUACCCACAUGUCCACUUUUUGUGUUAUUUCCCCCCGCUCAGAAAACAAAAUGGUGGAGCAAACGAGACCAACUCCAAACACCACCACUCUCCAGGCUGGUCCUGUGGAGCUGGAGGAUGGCACAUUAUCUGACGUGACCACAAGGGAGGCCCGGACCAUUGGUCGGCAGCUGGCCCAGAUAGGAGAUGAGCUGAACCAGCGCUGGGCCCACCGGCUGCCUGACCAACGGCUACUGCAGCCGCUGGACAGAACAAACAUCUUCAUCAGAGCCAGAGUCUACAGGCGUUACUUUUUGACGGAGGGGAGGGGUCUCAGAAAUGUCUUUGCUCUGGCUAAACUGUGGCUGAAUCCUCUAAUUAACAACCAGCCUGUCUGGGUGUCCAGUUUAUGUCUUUCUGGUCAGCGCUGGACCACAGGUUUGCUGGUGUCCACUGCACUUAUGGCCACGGCGGCUGUCUGCGUUGCACUCUGGGAACUGAAAAAGGACUGAUCCUCGCACAGAUGGGCUAUAAGCUGGCCUUAGCCCGCAGAUUGUUUUGCUUUGUUUAGUUUUUUAUAUAAUUGAAUAUAUUUAAUUUGUUUUCCAAAUGUUCUUUCUUGCAUGGAUAAUUGAAUGGUAUUGAAGUGCUGGCUCACAACUGUUUUGUAUUUGUGUACAUCAUAGAGUGUUUUGAUGUGGCUGUUGCUGGUGCACAGCCUGUUCUAUGAGGGCAAAGUCUGUUGCUAAGUGAAAGGACAACGGCUGUGUGUGUGUAUCCCUCCCCCACGCUUGUUAUCAAACAGAAUCAUGUGUUCCAACAUCAGGGAAGCUGGACUUUCAAUUCCAUCCUAAUUUGAAUGUGAUUAUAAACACAAAUUUAAACUUGUUCAAUAAAAAUAGCUUUGAAAAAAAAAAUCUGAAUUCUAAUCACUAUGUUUGUAUUGACUUCAAAAUGUCUACUUGAGGUCCAUUGUAAUUGAUCGACAUAUUGAUCUUUGAGUAAAAAAGUUUAUUGUG